AUGUUCGCCCUUGCCGCCGCCAAGAGGCGGCUAUCCCUCGCUGUCCACUUGCUCCUGUUCGUCGUCAUUGCCGCUACCUUGGUUACGCCCGCCGCCGGCGCUGUGCCGCCCCGAGAACGCGGGGCCGAGGGCGCAGCAACGUCGACAGACACCAACCCGCCGACCAAGACGACCACCACUAGGACCAAGACGGCCACGGUGUGGGCGACCGAGACGCAGACGGGCACACGGACAAACCACACACCACCACAUACGCCCGGGUCGACGGCGACGACGGCCCGCUCUCGCACGGCCGCGUCGACGCCCAGUGCGAGUGCAGUAUUCUCGUACCCAUUGUCUGGGGAUUCAUGGGUCGCGGGCCAACCAAACGUCGCUCGCUGGCACCCAUUCGAGAUUGCCAUCGACAUCUGGCUACAUAACGCCGACUCGGCGCUGCUCGAGCAAGACUUUGCGUUGAGCUCUAGCUUACCGCCGGGGACUAUGACGCUAGUGACGGCAGACAUUGGGACUGCUCUGCCAGGGGACAACUACACCCUCCUGUUGACUAUUGCGGGCAACGAGGCUCAGCGCCUUGCACAUUCGCAAAUGUUCAGCGUGCACGCGCGUGGCGAUUCGGUCCUCAAGACGACGAACGGAGCUUCAAGGCGCUUGUCAUUAGGCGCCGAGGCGGUGCUCUGUGGCGUGGCGGUCGCGUUGGUGGGGAGUGUGGCCUGA